CAACCCAGUUCAGCCUUUGAGUAUAUAAUACAUGGAGGUGGAAUGUGCCUUUGUUCUUUGGCUGCGUUUGGCUGGUUUGGCGCUUGCUAGAAUCCCUUUAGGGGAUUACUCUCUAGAGGAGAAUUAUGGAGAAUUCAUUUUUCAGCCAACCGCAGCUGAUCGCGACACGCGACGCGACGUCACAUGUGCGUCUAUUCAUUUAAUUCGUGCUUGUCAAGUAGCCUCGAAAUUGUGUGAAAUUGUUGGUGGUUGGCUUGGCGCAUCGGCUGAUCAUACACGAACGACAACGAAAAAUGCAUGUUCGAUGUUAAGGGAUGAUGAUGAUGGUGAUGAUGAAUUGACUCGCGUGCAAACGUCGAUGCUUCCAAAUGAGGUUAAUAACGGCUCGAUAGAUCUACGCCGAUGGAUAUUCAAGUUAUUAGACGAGACAUUCAUCUGACGUGAAAAAGACGCGUCGUGCAACGUCGCACUAACUGACCAUCCCACACGAUCCAGAGAGAGAGAGAAUGU